UGGCUGACUUACAUGGGGAGUGGAGUUGGACUAGCCGCUUGAAAAACCAAACCAGUUUCCGGACAUGAAGCACUUCGAGGAUAGCAAGUAAAUCAACGCAGUAGGAUUUAUUUGUUUCCUUCGGUGCAACGUGUUUAAUUUGCUAAAUUGCUCGCCAUUUUACCGUGAAGAGGUUCUCGGUGAACUCGAGUUCAAUGGAUCCCAGGACCGCUUGGAUCCAGCCGGAGCAGAAGGGACCUGCCAAUUCCCUGUGGAUGCACAUUUGGGAAACCUCUCAGGGAUUUGGAGCAAACUCCGGCAUCGACAACCACCUUCACCACCAACGCAACUUUGCAGCGCAAAAUUCAAACUCCACGGACUCAAACGGCGAGUAUUGCAAAAAUGUAGCACCGCCGCCGGGGGUUGUGUUUGGGAAACUGCCGAAGCGAGACGGCGGCGGAGACAGGGGAAGUGUCAGGAGGAAGGGCUCGUUGUCGCCGUCCUCCUCCUCGCUGGACUCGGAGGCCGAGGGCUCCUCGCCCUCCGGCUCCUCUCUGCAGAUCGACAAUUUGAACGUUGCAGAGGAAGCCAGCCGGUUUUUACACUACGGCGAGCACGAGUUAAACGAGAACAAUCUCAGACAGCAAUAUCCCCCUCCGCCUUUUCACACUGUUCAGCAACACUGUCGCAGCAUGCAACAACCACACGGCCACACCCCCACGGGGAUGAAAAAUCAGCAUGGGAACAAGCACCACCACUAUCAGUCACAUUCAUCCGGCCGCAGGAGGCAUCUGAACAGAGCCAACACUUUCCACGGCAUCAACCCGCUCCUGUCCUACGGCUGCAAUGGACACUAUAUAGACUCUUCUUGUAGCCUGUGGAAAACCAGGCGGUACAGCCCGGGCAUUAAUGGUCUGCAUGAAGAGAUAAUGGACUUUUUCAACUUCAUGUCCCCACGACCAGAGGAGGAGGCCAUGAGAAGAGACGUAGUGAACAGAAUAGAAAGUGUCAUCAAGGACUUGUGGCCCACGGCACGGGUGGAGAUAUUUGGCAGCUUCAGCACAGGACUUUAUCUGCCCACAAGUGACAUUGACCUGGUGGUGUUUGGAAAGUGGGACCAUCCUCCACUGCAGGAACUGGAACAAGCCCUGAAGAAACACAAUGUAGCUGGCCCGUAUCCCAUCAAGGUCCUCGACAAAGCUACAGUGCCAAUCAUCAAGCUUACUGACCAUCAAACAGAGGUGAAAGUGGACAUCAGCUUCAAUGUAGAAACUGCAGUGAAAGCUGCGCAGUUCAUUAAAAGUUACCUUAAGAAGUACACUGUUCUGCCACCUCUGAUCUUCGUCUUGAAGCAGUUCCUGCUCCAGAGGGAUCUGAAUGAAGUCUUCACGGGAGGCAUCAGCUCUUAUAGCCUUAUACUAAUGGCCAUAAGCUUCUUGCAGUUACAUCCUCGGAUCGACACACGACGUGCCAACAUCAACCUGGGCAUCCUGCUGAUCGAGUUUUUUGAACUGUACGGCCGCGAUUUCAACUACAUGAAGACUGGCAUCCGGGUGAAGAAUGGAGGGGCCUACCUGUCCAAGGAAGAAAUGCUGAAAGCCAUGGGGAAUGGAAACAGGCCAUCCAUGCUCUGCAUCGAAGAUCCAAUUCAGCCAGGAAAUGACGUGGGCAGGAGUUCAUAUGGCGUCCUGCAGGUCAAGCAGGUGUUUGACUUUGCCUACAUGGUGCUGAGUCAUGGAGUUUCUCCUCUUGCACGUGCUUACCCCAACAAAGAGUAUGACAGUACUUUGGGGCGCAUUAUCAAAGUCAGCCCAGAGGUGUUGGCCUACAGGGACUGGACAAUCAAAAAGUGGGGAGCCAAGCAGUAUGCCAAGCUGGAGAACCAUGAUGUAGAGACCUGUGAGCAGGACCUUGCCAGGCUGAUGCUGGUUUCUGUGGAGGAUCAGAGAGACAGUUGCUCCCCCCUCAGUGCUGACUCCCCCUCACCUUCCCCAGUCUUCCUUCCCAGUCCUCAACACCAUUCGUCGUCAUCCUCGGCAUGCUCGCUCUCCUCCUCCUCUGGAAGUGACAUAGAGUCUGAUUCUCCUCCGAGCAGUAAUGCUGCUAUCCAACUCCACCCCCUCACCCUGGCCUCAGUCCAUCCAGUAAUCCAGUUGGCUACAGACCUGAGGGCCACACAUCCAGCAGGCUUUAUCCACGCCACACCUCAGGUCCAGAUGUCCCUCCCAGAAAACCUGACCAUUCCCUCCCUCUCUGAUUGCCAGUUCUAUCAUGAGAAUCCACCUUCAAUCAGUGUUGUGCACAGUCACACAUCACAAGCUGCACAGAUCUCCCGGCACACCAACUCCACAAGCCCUCUCCCCAGCCCCCUCCACCGGCUCCACCACCCUCAGAUAGGAGGACAGCAGAGCCACACUUACACCAUAAGAUCCAAUUCCCAUGGCUCCAUCGAACCGCACAAAUUUACCUUCAAGCACAACCAAGGUGGCAGCGUCCGAGGUCAAAACCACUCUCAAGGUAACUUCAGUCCCCAGCGGCGGUUUGUUCCACAGGGUCAUAACACAGCACCGGGUUUCAGGAACCAGCAGCAGUACAACCGUAACACCUGGCGACGCAGGAAGAGGGACAAUCUUCCAGCUCUCAACCAGAGUAGAUAAGAAACUGAAGGCGCAAGAUUUGAUAUUACUUGUAUUAGAAAUGAAAGCCUCGCUCAGCCCAUCAUGAGUCUUUGAGUUGAGAAGCCGUGAAUGAUUCAUUAUAACUGUUUUUUUGUAGGGGGCUCUCAUGCACCUACAUCAUGCUGGAAUUGGAACGAUCGACUCCUGCUAGCAUUGUGCAAGCACCAAGUGAUGCUACAAGGCUCUUGCAGGAGAAGGAAGACUGUAAAAUGCUUAACUGUGGUCAUUUUGUUACAUCAGUCUGAUGCUAGUCAGAGCCCUUCCUCUAAAUUUGAUGUACACCAGCACAGACUUUGAGUUGAAUGAGUAAUUACUGAUUCCCAGACUGAGUCUUCUCACCAGUCUCACUUCCCAGCAGCUAAAGUUUGGUCAAGUAUUGAGUUCCGUGGGCCUUGAACAUCUAAGAACAUCACGUGCCAUAGUACUGAACUGGUUUGUCAAACCUGGUCUCUCUCAAAGUUGUGGGCCUUUUUCAUUUGGUCUUCUGAAUGCAACUCCCUAUUAGCACGCUUUUGAUUCAGAGCUCUUACAGCUUUGACUAUCAUCUGCGAAUUGUAUUCUGGACUGAAGCGAAGCACUACUCUCCUACCUAUGCAGCGCAACGCUGACUUGAUGUUUUUGGUGUGACGGCACAAAACGGACCUUGUCUCAAGUGCUUAAACUGUGAUGACUUGUUUGAAUGUACUAAGUGUUUCUUUUUUGUGUGUUGGUCAUUAUCUUUUGUUCUCUUGUUUUUGUCACUGAGGGAUUUGUUUGUUCACAUUGGCACUAUGUUUUUGUACUGUAAACAUUGCCACCUUAUUUUAAGUUUGUUGCAUUAUAUGCAAUAAUGACUUGCUUUUAUUUAAUUUAUUUCACAUUUUAGUUUUAUUUUAGGGGUUCUCCCCACUUAAGGUUUGCUUUUUUGAUUCUAGACUACAUUGAUCUGUGCAAUAGAUGGAUUUAAGGGCCUUGAAGGAAUGUGUUUGUGUGUGAACAGCUUUCCAGCACAAGGGGGAGCUAUGGUAUAAAAACAUGAGAAAUGUGCCAAAAAUCCCAUGAUGCCAACAUUUUACUCAUGUUUAAUUUACUAUCACAUUAUGUUCACUUGAACUUUUGCCAACUGCCUGUCCAAAUGUUUUUCCACCACUAGUUUUUAUUUCAAACAUAUCGCUCUUCUCAGUGGUUUGACCUUUAUUUGGGUGGUUUUCCUCUUGAUAGAUCUUAGGCUAUACUGGGGGAAUGCACCUUGAGCAGUGUUUACUUGUGUCAUUUCAAAAAUUAGGUUUCAAUAACAGUUGGUGCUACUUAUUACCAGCAAAGUGCUUGUUUUCUGCCUUAUAUCUCCUUUGAUUCUGUUAAAGCAACAGGUUAACUGCCUUCGUAAAUGACCAAAUUUGCCCUUUUUCCUGUAUGUAGCUGAGGCUUUCUAUCUUUAUUUCUAUAAGCACUGUCAGGGUUACUUUUAUUUUUACAUACAGCUUCUAGGUGUUUACUCCAGGAGCAGACUCCUAUUGCGGUCAGUGAUUGUUAGCAUUAGCAUCAUGUCACAUCUAUUUUUUUUUAUUUUUUAAUUCAAAGGUGAUGGUUACAAACCGGUUGUAUAAGAGGUCCCUGCAUUUCAGAGGUUUUCCUCUCCAUAUUUGAAGUCAUUAUUUCUAAAACAAGGUUUCAAAGCUACACAAUUUACACAGCAAUCCAUAUCAUGAGUUGAGCAUGGGUUGGGUUUUGGUAGAGCCAAUAACAAAACCAAACUUUGGUGAAGUCAUGUGUUUCAAGAGUCUGAUUACUGUAACACCCUGGGUACCAAACUGAUGGAUUCAACAUGAUACUACUAGCAUUGUUCCCUUGUUUUCAGUGCCCAAAUCCCCAGCUCAUAUCUGUGUAAUUGAGGAUGGGUUGUAACGUGUAAAUGACUGAUAUAUAGAUGUUUACCUUGUUUUUUAUGUAAGUUUUUCUAUUUUUUUAAUAAACAUUUUAAAAGUCCA